GCCCUCUGCCCUUCUCCGCCGCCAUGCCGGGCCUCUGCCGGCUCCUGCCGCUGCUGGCCGCGCUCUGCCCGCCCGCCCUCAGCCUCCGCCAUGGCCCCUCCAGGAUCGCCGUGGUGGGCGGCGGGAUCGGUGGCUCGGCCGCCGCGUAUUUCCUGCGGCAGAAGUUCGGCCGUGGUGUGCAGCUGCACGUGCUGGAGAAGGCAGCGGUGGGCGGCCGGCUGGACACGCUGGACGUGGAGGGUUCUGCCUACGAGGCAGGGGGGUCCGUGAUCCACCCCCUCAACCUGCACAUGAAGCAUUUUGUCAAGGAGCUGGGCCUCUCGGUCGCCUCACCCCAGGGCAGCCUCGCGGGCGUGUACAACGGGGAGGAGUUCGUGUUUGAGGAGAGCAGCUGGUCCUUCAUCAACCUCCUCAAGCUGCUCUGGCACUACGGCCUCAACCCCCUGCGCAUGUCCAUGUGGGUGGAGGACAUCCUGGACAAGUUCAUGAGGAUCUACCGGUACCAGAUGCACGACUACGCCUUCAGCAGCAACGAGCGCCUGCUCCACGCCCUGGGAGGCGACGACUUCGCGCGGCUGCUCAACCAGAGCAUCGACGAGGCCAUGCAGAAAGCAGGAUUCUCCCAGAAAUUCAUCAACCAGGUGGUUUGUCCGGCCAUGAGGGUGAAUUACGGCCAAGGGGUCACCAUCAAUGGCUUUGUAGGUGCUGUGUCCCUGGCCGGGGUGCAGUCGGGCCUUUGGUCUGUGAAAGGGGGGAACAAACUCGUGUGCUCUGGGCUCAUCUACUCCUCCAAGGCCGAGGUUAUCCCAGGAACAGUCGUGUCCAUAGAGCCAAAAACCAGAUCCAAGCGUGGUGGGGACCCGGUGAAGCUCUACGAGGUCACCUACAACACGUCCUCGGGGCUGACGGGGGACACCUACGACAUCGUCGUCAUCGCAGCUCCGCUUGGCCGCAAGAUGGCCGACAUCACCUUCCGGAACUUCGACCCUCCCAUCCCGGAAUUCCGGAAUCCCUACCACCAGACCGUCACCACCUUGGUGCACGGGCGCUUGAACACCUCCUUCUUUGGCUACCGUGACCCCCAGGCUUUCCACUUUGGGGCCAUUUUCACCACGGACAACCCCAAACUGUUCAUCAACAGCCUGGGUGUGGUGUCCCCCGUUGGGGACGCGGGCACGGGCGGGAAGCUGCCGUUGCCGUCGGCCGUCUGGAAGGUGUUCUCCAAUGAAGAGCUCACCAAGGAGCAGCUCGGUUUGCUCUUCUCCUCGUACGACUCGGUGAAGGUGAAGCCGUGGCUGGCGUAUCCCCAGUACAGCGCUCCCGAAAAGCUUCCUCCCAUCGUCCUGCACGAGCAGCUCUACUACCUGAACGGGCUGGAGCGCGCCGCCAGCGCCAUGGAGAUGAGCGCCAUCGCCGCCCGCAACGCCGCCCUGCUCGCCUUCCACCGCUGGCACGGCCACAGCGCCAGCGUCGACCAGGAGGACCUCCACGAGAAGCUCAAAACGGAGCUCUGACACGACCCCCACGGCUUAAUUAACGCUAAUGAACUCUGUGCUUCGCCCUCCAAGGAGGUGUUUCGUAGGAUCAUUGGAUCCUUACAGUUGGAAUGUCUUCAAGAUCAUCGUGACCUGCAAAAUCUUCCAAAAACAUCAAGACCAUCAAGAUGCCCUGAAUAACUCUGAUGAACUCCAUACUUUGCCCCUCCAAAGAGGUGUUUCAUGGGAUCCUUUAGGUUGGAAGAGCUUUAAGAUGCCGUAGUUAACUCUAAUGAACUCCAUACUUCACCCCUCCAAGGAGGUGUUUUGUAGGAUCAUGGGAUCCUUAAGAUAGAAGAUCUCCAAGACCAUCAAGAUGCUGUAAUAAACUCUAAUGAACUCCAUACUUUGCCCCUCCAAGGAAGUCUUUCAUAGGAUCAUGGGAUCCUUAGUUGGAAGAUUUUCAAGACCUUCAAAAUCAUCAAGAUCUUCAAGACCGUGAAGAUUUUCAAGAUGUCGUAAUUAACAUCAGUGAACUCUGUGCUUUGCCCCUCCAAGGAGGUGUUUCAUAGGAUCAUGGGAUCCUAAAGGUUGGAUAAGCUUCAAGAACUUCAAGGCCAUCAAGACCUUCAAGAUCAUCAAGACCCUCAAGGUCAUCAAGAACUUCAAGUCCAACCAUCAGCCCAACCAUGUUCACCAUUAACGACGUCCUCAAAUGCCGUGUCCAUGUGUUGUUUGGACACUUCCAGGGAUGGUGACUCUGCCACAACCUGGGCUGGACAACCCCUCCUUCCAUGACAAAAUUCUUCCCAAUAUCUCAUCCUGACGUCCCCUGGUGCCACCUGGAAGCUGUUUGGCCAGCUCUGGAGGGAGCAGGAGCAGUGAAGCGUUCCCAAGCUGGGACGUUUUCCUCACACAAAUCCGAGUUUUCCUCAGUUUUCCUUGAUUUAGCCCUGUCUGAGGUUAGGGAAUUCAUUAAAAGUGCCAUGUUGACCCCCAAAGUGCCCUCCAGCUGCCCCAACUUUUCCCAAGGGUCUGCCAAGGAAUUAUUCCUCAGGGUGGGAAAGAGGGAGAACCACCAACAUCCAUGGCUGUGUUCAGGUACAAAGUUAAUAAAGAAUUUAAUGACC